CAAGUCGCUCAGCUGCAGCCUUUGGUCGGAUGUCGGGCGAUGCUGUGGACAUGUAUCAAGCGUACCUUGCAAGCUGAUCGCUGACAUCGCAGAAGGGCGGACCUGAUUGCGUCAGCCUGCUCUCGUCGGAUCAACGGCCAAGAUGACGCCGACAGCUAUCGAAGCAAGCGGCUCCUCCACUCAGGAUGGCGACGCCGGGGGCGCAUCCUACAAGCGGCGACGGUUAUCUCCGCCACACCAAAAGCAGAAAGAGGAUGACAUAUAUGCGAUGUUUGACGAGGACGAAGAAGACUUCGAAGCGAAGCGCUAUGUGCCGCUGAAGCAACGCAAGCUGCAAGAGCUGCAGCGCAUCAGCGGGAAAAGCGCGCUCCCGAUCAGCAAGUCCGUUGCGCUUUCCUCGGUAUCACAGCAGCUAAACAAAAGCUCGAGUGCAUCGCGCGUACCCGGAUCCAAAGGCUAUGGGAACGGCGGGGAUGAGGAGGAGGAAGAGGAGGAGGAGGACAAUGGGCCGAAACGAUCGACGAGGGCGCUUAUGGAUGAGGCUAGGGAGUUGAGGGAAAAAGAAAAGUAUGAAGACAAGACGGAGGCCGAGAAGCUGGCGGAGGAGGAGCGCAAGAUCCUUGAAGCACAUGCUGCGAAAAAGAAGCUGGCAAGCGCUUCGGAACUUGCAAAAGGCAUCCAGUAUACCGAGCCGAUCAAAACUAGUUGGAGGGCACCGCGCUUCAUACGCGAGCGCAGCGACGAAGAGAAUGGACGCUUACGGGAGCAGAAUCACAUCCUCAUCGAUGGAGAGGACAUUCCCCCCAUUAUUACUAACUUUAGGGAUAUGAAGAUACCGUCGUGCGUGGUCUCGUACCUAGGUUCCAAAAACAUCAAAAAGCCGACCCCGAUUCAGAUGCAAGGUCUUCCGACGGCAUUCGCAGGGCGGGAUAUGAUCGGAAUUGCGUUCACUGGCUCGGGAAAGACGCUAGCAUUCUCCCUGCCGAUCAUCAUGUUUGCAGCGGAGGAGCAGAAGCGAUUAGAGUAUACAAGAGGAGAAGGCCCGACAGGCAUGAUCAUCUGCCCCUCUCGUGAGCUGGCGCGUCAGACGUACGAGUCCAUCAAAGCAAUCUGCGAAGCAAUGGAAAGAGACGGGUAUCCGCAGAUCGGCGUCCUGCUCUGCAUCGGAGGCAUCAGCAUGGCCGAUCAGCAGCACACCAUGUCCAAGGGCUUUCACAUCGUCGUGGCUACGCCCGGCCGUCUGCAAGAUAUGCUCGAAAAGAAGCGCUUCACCCUCGACUGGUGCAAGUAUCUCUGUAUGGACGAGGCCGAUCGUAUGAUCGACAUGGGCUUCGAAGAGGACGUACGAAACAUUAUGGGAUUCUUCAAGAAGCAACGGCAGACGCUUCUUUUUUCGGCAACGAUGCCCAAGAAGAUCCAGGACUUUGCAGAACAGAGUCUGAUCAAGCCGAUCGUCGUGAAUGUCGGCCGUGCCGGCGCAGCGAGCUUGGACAUCAUCCAGGAGGUGGAGUACGUUAAGCAGGAGGCUAAGAUGGUUUAUCUGCUCGAAUGUCUGCAGAAGACGGCCCCGCCCGUGAUCAUCUUUAGCGACAAUAAGAACGAGGUCGACGAUAUCCAGGAAUACCUCCUGCUCAAAGGCGUCGAAGCGGUGGCGAUCCACGGCAGCAAGACACAGGAGGAGCGCGAGUACGCGAUCAAGUCUUUCAAGAGCGGGCAGAAGGACGUGAUGGUCGCCAGCGGUGUCGCGAGCAAAGGCUUGGAUUUCAACGAGAUCCAGCACGUGAUCAACUACACGAUGCCCAAGGAGAUUGAAGACUACGUCCAUCAGAUAGGUCGUACGGGCCGCUCGGGUAAGACAGGUAUCGCGACGACGUUUGUCAACAUGAACACGGCGGAGCAGACGCUGCUCGAUCUCAAGUAUCUGUUGAUGGAGGCCAAGCAGCGCAUUCCGCCUUUCCUGGCGGCCAUCGAGGACCCCCGCGCGGCGGGCGCGGGCGGGCUGACGGGCUGCCCGAUCUGCGGCGGACUCGGCCACGGCAUCAAAGACUGUCCGAAGCUCGAGGAGAACCAGCGCAGGCAGACGGCCGGAUUUUCGCGCGGCGAUGGUGACGGUGGGGGCUAUUAGACUGCAUGCGACCACGAAGGGGAAACCGAGUUGCUGUUCUGGGCGGCCACUGUAUUUUUUUUGCUGGCAUAGCAUCGAGGAUUCACUGCGUUGC